CCGCGGCAGUGCGCGGAGGAGAUGAAGCCCAAGAGCCUCCCGUUCAUCGCCUUCGAGCACAAGCGGGACGCCUAUGGCUUCGCAGUGCGGCCCCAGCACCUGCAGCGUUACAAGGAGUAUGCAGGCAUCUACAAGGAGGAGGAAGAGGAGAGAUCUGACAGAUGGAAGAGCUUUCUGGAGAGGCGGACCGAAUCGCCUGGACAGGGCCUGAACGCUGCACUGCCCGUGGACGAAGCUGCAAUUUCUGUUGAGGAGAAUGAGGCUGGGAGUUCUCAACUGUUGCACGAGAAGAGUGCCCAAGGGCCGCAUAAGUUCGAGUCAUGGAAGCCAAUACGCCCAUCCCUGGGCAACAUCGAGCAUAUGAUGGGUCUGCGCGUUGAGAAGAAGCAUUCAUCUGCUGUCAGGUUGCAGCCGAAGGAGUCCACCCAUCCUGUGACGGUUGAAGAGGCCAAGGUGUCAGGGGACUCGGACGAUGAGUUCUAUGAUGCCGAUAAGGUUGACCCUAGCCAGGAAGUGCACUCAGGUGAUAGUGCGAAUGCUGAAACUGGCAACAUGAGUCAAGAAGAAACUUACUCCCUCAAGGAUCAGUUGGAGUGUCUUGUCCAUGGUGGACUGCCGAUGGCUUUGAGAGGAGAGCUGUGGCAAGCUUUUGUUGGUGUCGAAGCUCGCAGAGUAAAAGGGUACUAUGAUUGUCUGGUUGCUUCGGAAGGUGAACUGGAAGAUAGCAGAUGUUCAGAUCCUCUGGCCUCAGAAGGUGUCAAUGAAAAAACGGAAGUAUUUGCAGAAAUUUCCUCUGAGAAGUGCAAAGGGCAAAUAGAGAAGGACUUGCCUAGAACUUUUCCAGGACAUCCUGCGUUAGAUGAGGAUGGAAGAAAUGCCUUGAGACGCUUGCUUCUGGCUUAUGCUAGACACAAUCCAACAGUUGGCUAUUGUCAGGCGAUGAACUUCUUUGCUGGACUCUUACUUCUAUUGAUGCCAGAAGAAAAUGCAUUUUGGACAUUGGUAGGAAUUAUAGAUGACUACUUUGAUGGGUACUUUUCUGAAGAAAUGAUUGAGUCACAGGUGGAUCAGCUUGUUUUAGAGGAGUUAGUCCAUGAGAAAUUCCCGAAAUUAGCAAAUCACUUGGACUACCUCGGCCUUGAAGUUGCAUGGGUUACUGGACCAUGGUUUCUAUCCAUUUUCACCAAUGUGCUUCCCUGGGAGAGUGUCCUCCGUGUAUGGGAUGUGCUUCUGUUCGAUGGGAAUCGUGUGAUGCUAUUCCGGACAGCCCUUGCCCUACUGGAGUUUUACGGCCCUGCACUUGUGACUACAAAGGAUGCUGGUGAUGCGGUUACCCUUUUGCAGUCUUUAGCUGGCUCGACUUUUGACAGCAGCCAGCUUGUCCUAACAGCUCGCAUGGGAUAUCAGUCUGUAAAUGAAGCAGGAUUGCAAGAUCUGAGGAACAAACACCGGCCAUCUGUUAUAUCUUCAAUGGAAGAAAGGGCGAAAGGCCUAGGUGUCUGCAAAGACAAUGUUCUUGCAUCAAAGCUCUAUAAUUUCAAACGUGAGCCUGAACCGCUGGUAUCGAUAAAUAAUUCAGCAGACCAAAUGAGUGAUGACGCAGAUGGGGAUAUUAACCAAGAGGGUGAUUAUGGCGACAUGGAUGAUAUGUAUGGUGGCCUGACAGUCAAUUCUGAGAUUGAUUCGUUGCCGGAUCCAAAGGACCAGGUCACCUGGUUGAAGGUUGAGUUAUGCCGAUUGCUAGAGGAGAGAAGAUCAGCUGUUCUCAGAGCUGAUGAACUAGAGACAGCAUUGAUGGAAAUGGUUAAGCAAGACAAUAGACGCCAAUUAAGUGCAAAGGCUGAGCAGUUGGAACAUGAUUUAUCUGAACUAAAGCAGACUCUAUCAGACAAGCAGGAACAGGAGCAAGCAAUGUUUCAGGUACUGAUGCGUGUGGAACAAGAACUGAAAUAUGCAGAAGAAGCACGCAUCUCUGCUGAGCAGGAUGCUGCUGCCCAGAGAUACGCUGCUAACGUGCUACAGGAGAAGUAUGAGGAAGCUAUGGCUUCAUUUGCGCAAAUGGAGAACAGAGCUGUAAUGGCAGAAACAAUGCUGGAGGCCACAUUGCAAUACCAGUCUAGCCAGCAGAAAGCAUUUUCCCCUUUGCCUUCUCCAAGAGAAUCUGUGCAAGAUGAGGAGAUACAGCCUAAAAGAAUAAACUUACUUGGACCAUUUUCACUGAGUUGGCGUGAUAAGAGCAAGGGAAAACAGAACAAUGCUAGUGACUGCACAGAUGCCAAGCUUACAGACACUCAUGAUCAAAGGGAAGAGACACCCAACGUGGAUGAUGAUGGGAAACAGGGAGGAACACAAAAGAUGGAAAGUGAAUGUACAGUGGAGUCACCCAAAGGGAACGGCAAGCUGAUGGCAGACACGCCGAAGAAAGACCCUGAGCUGCCAAGAGUCCAUAUUAUCGUGAAUGAUAUGAAUGGGCAGCAUGAACAGUUGCAAGAAAUACAAUUGGAUUGAUAAUUAUGAGCUCAUCCCUUACUUCACCACUGGCGUACGUUGCUAUUGAGGCAACACUGGAUGGCUUAAAGUUUUGAACAAUCGUGUAUUCUUUUUCUAUCCUCUCUCUGCCCUUUAGAGUUUUUUUUUUCUUUUCUUUCAUUACCACUUUGUAGGUGUAUAGCUUCCUGCUUCUCUCCAUUAUUACUUGGAAAGAGAAAAAUGCAAGGUUAUAUGGCUGUCUAUUAGUUGUCUCCUUGUGAUGUAAAUGCGUUUUAGAGGGAACGUACCAA